GAGUUCCCACCUCACUUUGUCUUUGGUGCAUCAACCUCAGCUUAUCAGGUUGAGGGUGCGGCAAAUGAGGAUGGGAGGAAGCCAAGCAUAUGGGAUACGUUUGCCCAUGCUGGAAAUGGUAUUAUCCUCUGCUCAAAUAUUGCAUGCGAUCAAUAUCACAAAUAUAAGGAAGAUGUGCAACUUAUGGCCAACAUGGGCUUAGAUGCCUAUAGAUUUUCCAUAUCAUGGUCAAGGCUUAUUCCAGAUGGAACAGGACCAGUGAAUCCCAAGGGAUUACAACAUUACAACCACCUUAUCAAUGAAUUGACAAGACAUGGAAUCCAACCACAUGUUACAUUACACCAUUUUGACCUACCACAAACACUUGAGGAUGAAUAUGGAGGAUGGGUUAGUAAAAGAAUUGUGAAAGACUUCACCACAUAUGCAAAUGUGUGCUUCCGAGAAUUUGGUGACAGAGUUAAGUAUUGGAUCACAGUGAAUGAGGCCAAUGUGCAUGCAAUGGCAGGCUAUGAUUUGGGAACCUUACCUCCUCAGCGGUGUUCUCUUUCCGCUAAAGUUAACUGCUCCAGGGGAAAUUCCUCAACAGAGCCAUAUUUGGCAGCCCAUCAUAUGUUGUUAGCACAUGCAUCAGCUGUUAGAUUGUACAGGAAGAAAUACCUGGAAAUGCAGCAUGGCCUUAUUGGGUUUAAUCUACUUACGUAUGGUCUUCUUCCUCGAACAAAUACUAGUGAAGACAUAAGGGCCACUCAAAGGGUUCUAGACUUCAGUAUCGGAUGGUUUCUUAAUCCCUUCACUUUUGGAGAUUACCCUGAUAUAAUGAAAAAGAAUGCUGGCUCGAGGCUUCCUUCUUUCACCCAAAAGGAAUCAAAUGUAGUGAAGGGCUCCAUUGACUUCUUAGGAAUAAACUUUUACGUAACAUAUUUUGUUAAGAACAGUCCUGGCAGCCUGCAGAUAGAGGAUAGACAUUACACCGCAGAUAUGGCAGUGGAAUUUGAAAGCCUCCCUCAAAAUGAUACAUCUACAUAUGAGUUCCCAAUUACAACCUGGAGCUUGCUAAGGGUGCUUGACUCAUUGAAGAAUGCUUAUGGAAAUGUUCCAAUCUACAUACAUGAAAAUGGGCAACAAACAUCUCGAAAUUCAUCAUUGGAUGACUGGCCAAGAGUGAAGUACUUGCAUGAAUAUAUUGGUAGCAUGCUUGAUGCACUGAGGAGUGGAGCAAAUGUAAAAGGUUAUUUUGUAUGGUCCUUCUUGGAUUUAUUUGAGUUACUGACUGGAUAUGAAUCAAGUUUUGGCCUAUAUUACAUAGAUACGAAUGAUCCAAGCUUAAGGAGGCAACCUAAGCUUUCUGCUGAAUGGUACUCAAAUUUUCUGAAGGGGAGGUCUAUGGACCCGAAGUUCACCUCAGAAAUUGAGAAGAAUGCACCUGUGCUAUCACAUUCUCCCUUGCUGCAUAAGGCUGCAUGAAGUUACGAAUUAAUUAAAGGACAUGGUUUAUGAUAUCAUAUUAUUAAACUUGACUAGAUUUUUAGUAGCAUGAUGUGAAGUACAUGUCAUACUAUAUUAUGAUGAUUGAAGCAUUUGUCUUG